AUGCAGGCUCUGGACUGCCAGACCGCUGGCACCAAAGAAGUCAACCCCCUCUUCGAGAAGAGGCCAAAGAACUUUGGCAUUGGCCAGGACAUCCAGCCCAAGCGUGAUUUGACCCGCUUUGUGAAAUGGCCUCGUUACAUCCGCCUGCAGAGGCAGCGCUCCAUCCUCUACAAGCGUCUGAAGGUUCCCCCUGCAAUCAACCAGUUCACCCAGGCUCUGGACCGUCAGACCGCCACACAGCUGUUCAAGCUGGCCCACAAGUACAGGCCAGAGACCAAGCAGGAGAAGAAGCAGAGGCUGCUGGCCCGCGCUGAGCUGAAGGCUGCUGGGAAGGGAGACACCCCGACCAAGAGGCCCCCUGUCCUCCGUGCUGGUGAGUAACAGAGUAAAGGUGUAGAUGACGA